AUGACAACAAUAACUAUUUAUGCUUUAUUUGGAGAUGAUACACGUGUUUUAGUAACAGACAAAAAUGGUGACCCGAUUUUUUGGACUAUAAAUAUAGUUGUUUUGAUUCUUUUUGGAUUAGAAAUUAUACUCGCGUCAUUAGUAAAUCCAGGAUAUUUUAACGGGUUUUUCUUUUAUUUAGAUAUUGUUUCUACUAUUUCACUUUUAUUAGAUAUAGGAUGGGUUACUGAGCAUCUAUUCGAUACUACUAAACCUGCUAAAAACUCAUCUAGUUAAUAAUUAUAAAAAGCAGGUAGAGCUUCUAGGGUAGGUACUAGAACAGGAAGAAUCGUACGUAUAGUUCGUUUGGUUAGGCUUAUUAAAUUAUAUAAAAGGGCUUAGUAGUUAUUAUAGGAAUAAGAAAAAAAUCUUUUGAGGGAAUAAUAGUUUGAAGAAAUGUGUAUUUAUAGUAAUAUGAAUACUCCUAGACAUAAAUAAAGAUCCCGUGUUAUUAGUAGAUAAAUAACUAGUGGACAUAGAAUAAGGGCUAAUUCUAAAAAAAUAAGUUCUAGUUUCGCUGUUAAUAAAAAUAAUAGUAAAGAUCAUAAUAAUAUUAAUAAAAAAUAAAUUUAACAAGUAAAGAUGAUGUAAAAAAAAAAAAAAAUAUAUAUAUAAUAUAAACAAAUAUAUACAAAGAAUUUAGUAAUUGUAGAAUCUAAAGUAGGAUAAAGAUUAUCAGAUUUGACAACAUAAAGAGUAAUUGUUUUAGUAUUAAGUAUUAUGAUUAGUGUUCCUUUAUUUGAUUAUAAUACUUAUAUUGAAUCAGUAACAACAUAUGGCAAUGGACUAAGUCCAAUUUAUGCAUUUUAAGCUGAAGUUGAAACUCCUAUAAUGAUAGCUAAUAUGAAAAUGUAUAUAGAUUUUCAUAAAAAUUAACGAAAAUAAUUAAUAGAAAUAGUUUUAAAAGAAACAACAAAUUAAUGCUGUUCACAUUAUCCAAAUUCAUAUUUCCCAGACGAUUUAGUAUCUGCAGAUACAUUAAGAAGCGAGGAGAAAUUUACCAUCGAAUUAAAAAUAGGAGGAAAAAUAAUUGGAUAUUCAAUAAUAGACGAAAGGAGAGAUGUUCAAUUGAAUGCUAUUUUAUCAAUUGUGAGAACUAUUUUUAUAUCUUUAAUAUUGACUUCUGGGGCUAUUUUUUUCACUAGAGAUGCUGAAAACUUGAUACUUAUUCCGAUUAAUAAUAUGAUCAAAAAAGUUAAAAGAAUAGCUGAAAAUCCUUUAGAAGCAGCUUAAAUGGAAGAAAGAGAAGCUCUUGCAUUUGAAUAGUUGGUAAAGGAUGGGAAUAUUUAAGAAAUAGCUAGAUUGAAAGAAUUAGAGAAGUAUGAAACGACUAUUUUGGAGAAAUUAAUCAUUAAAAUCGGAGCUCUUUUGGCCAUUGGAUUCGGAGAAGCGGGGUCUUAGAUUAUUGCUUAGAAUAUGAAAAAAGGUGGGGAGGUAGAUCCAUUAAUUCCAGGAAAAAAAAUUAUGGCAAUAUUUGGAUUUUGUGACAUUAGAAACUUUACUGAUGCAACAGAAGUACUCUAAACUGGAGUAAUGGUUUUUGUAAAUGAAAUUGCUGAAAUAGCACAUGCUAUAGUAGAUUAAUAUUUAGGUUAAGCUAAUAAAAAUAUAGGCGAUUCAUUUUUAUUAGUUUGGAAGUUUUAAGAAAAUGACUAUUUUUUUAAUGUAUAUAAUUAAUUAGAACUUAAAAAAGAAAAAAGAAUUUCAGAAUUAGCUGAUUUACCUAUUCAUGCUUUUCUUAAUAUUAUGGCUUAAAUUACGUUGUCUAAAAAACUUUAAAAAUACUAACUUAAUGCUAAACUUAAUUAAAGAUUGCCUAACUUCAAAGUUAAAAUGGGAUUCGGUUUACAUGUUGGAUGGGCUAUUGAAGGUGCUAUAGGUUCUAAUUACAAAAUUGAUGCUUCUUAUUUAAGCCCUAAUGUAAAUAUGUCCGCUAGACUAGAAGCUGCAACAAAAUAAUUUGGUACAAAUUUAUUAAUAAGUGGAAAACUAUAUGAAAUAUUAACACCUAAAUGUUAGAAAUAAUGUAGACAUAUAGAUAGAGUUUUAGUCAAAGGAUCUUUAAUACCAAUGAACUUAUAUACAGUUGAUGUUAAUUUAUAAAAUAUUAUUGACAAAAAUGUAGGAAGGGAUAUGUUUUAAAAUCAAGACAAAUUUGUAAAUGAAAUAUAAAAGAAAAAACAUAGAGUUUAAUAAAGACUUCUAAGAAAUAAAUUAAAAGAAGAUAUAAUUUCUUUAAAAGUUCAUAUUUCAGAUAGAUUCAAAAAUAAUAAAGAAUUAAUUGCUAUGAGAGAAUUUUUUACUGAAGAUUUUUAUAAAGAAUGGAAUUAUGGAUUUUAAAAUUAUUUAGAAGGAAAUUGGAAAACUGCUUAUUAUGCUUUUUAAAAAACAUUAGAUAUGUUAAUACAUGUUAAUUAUAUAGAUGGCCCUUCAAAUACUUUAAUAGAAGUUAUAUAAUAUCAUAAUAUGCAAGCUCCUUAAGAUUGGUAGGGAUUUAGGGCAUUAACAGAAAAAUGAAUUAUAUAUAUAUAUUAUAAAUUACAUUUUUUUAAAGUUAUUGUUUAACUUUUUUUAAAAAAAAAAUAUUUAUUUUUAUUAUUUUUAAGUAU